UUCCAUCUGCCUACACGGUUGUUUUGGUUUAGUAACAUGUCUAGAUGCUCAUGAUGCAAUCUGCAGGAUUAUGUGUUAGGCUGUCGUUGUCAAAUGGUUCUUAAAGGCUUGAUUUUCACAUGCACUUCAGGUGAGAAAGGACAAAAGACACGAAAGGACACAUUGUGUCGUGUUUGUUUUUCCGUGACUCACAAUACACUCUGUUAGCUUUUUUUUCCCCUGCAUUGUCACUGAUAUUGGAAUGAACACAAUUAAAAGGUGGCGACUUCAGCGAUAAAAGGAGCAUUAAGAGAAACAAGUUGCUCUUGUUCACAAAGAUUCGGACAGACUUGAAUGCAUUCCAGGCUGAAUAGGUUGAUGGAACCGGUGUCGUUUUGGACACAACGUUGCUUUCAGAACACUUGAGAGCUGACGCCAAGGUAGUAAACCAGAACCGGUGCAAAUCUCUGUCGACAAGUUGUGUGUCGCGUUUUUGCUCGGCCCAGGGAAUGUGUUACCUAAUGGGCCGCAAAACUGCCUGGAGACCACAGCUCUCUUAUCACUGAUAUUAGAUGACCGCGCACAAAAACAAAGAGUCCAUCGUGAAGACUCAGAGCCUUGCUUGAAAGGAAGAAAGAAAAAAAAAACUGGCCUUGAAAGCUUUGCUUUUUGUUUUGGACAGAAGAAAAGAAUAGGUAAUAUUAUCUUGUUCACAGUUACAAGAAUCCUACUUUCAGGGGCUACCCGUGUCGAGUUUCUAAUAUGUAUAUAAAGUUUCAGUGUACAAUGGAUCUUUUGUCUGGAGCAAACUGAGCACACCCCCUCCUUCUCCUCAUCCUCCCUUGUCUUGUAAAAAAAAAAAAAAAAAAAAAAAUGCAUUCAUGUGCUCGCGAGGUCUCAGGUUUCCUCUGUCUUUGUGUGCCAUGUCGUCAGUCGCCUCAGUGAGUAGAAAUGUGCGUCCUGCGCGGGCAGGCGCACCGGCAGGGGCGCUUCCGGCCACGGAUCGGGGCAGCGACGGACUCUCCCGACAAAAUAACAGCGUGACAGAUCUGGAUGCGAUGAACGCCUCAUGUAGGCAUCAGCAUGGACAGCUGUGAGUCUCCCGUGUUUUCUGGGACAGACGAUGGGCUCAGCUCCUCCCAGAAGCAGCAGCAGCAGCAGCAACCUCCACAGCCCUGGAACGAUCGCCCUAGCUUGCAGCUUCCUUGCACCAACCCGCCCCCUUCCCUGGACCCACUGUCUUUUUCUGCUCCUUACCCUUCUCAACCCCAAAACCCGUGUGGUCUCCACGACGAGGUGAGAGAACUACAUUCCCAGCAGUCCCACCAAAAACAAACAUCCGCCCAGGCUCACCGGGAUAGCCCUGCCACCGGUCAGCUUCAUUCCGAGAGGGAGGGCCGUGAGGGAGCGGAGCGAGACAGACUGAGCGGUGGAGAAGAGGAAGAAUCAGAAGACUUGGAUGAAAUGGAAAUCGACAGCUGUUUCCCGAGUCUUCAGCCCUUUUCAGGGGUGGUGAUGGCUCAAGGCGGGGGGAGCAUGCCUACUCUUUUGCGUCAUCAGCCCACGCAACGGCAAGGUGGGCCCGAGAGUGGCAGUGAGGAAGGAGAGGAGGAAGAGGAAGAGGAGAGUAGUGAUGUGGAGAACUUGGCUGGAGAGAUCGUCUACCAACCAGACGGCUCAGCCUACAUCGUAGAGAGCCUCAGUCAGCUCGUCCAAAGCGGUGGGGGCAUGGUUCCCGGCCUGCUUCCCACAAACUCUCUCACUAGCGGGGGAAAACCAGGGGAGCCUGCUGGGACGGCAUCCUCGGUCUACCCACAGAUCAUCAACACGUUCCACAUAGCCUCAUCCUUUGGGAAGUGGUUUGGGAAUUCAGACCAAGGUUUCUCCAAUACCUCAUCCAUGGCAGGCCUCAGUCCUGUCCUGCACAGUUUUCGUGUCUUUGAUGUCCGGCACAAAACUAACAAGGAUUACCUUAACAGUGAUGGGUCUGCCAAGAAGUCCUGUGUGUCCAAAGAUGUUCCUAACAAUGUGGAUUUCUCCAAAUUUGAUGGCUUGGCCCUUUAUGGCAAGGUUAAGCCAAUUCUCAUGUGUUUUCUCUGCAAGCUGUCCUUUGGUUACGCGCGUUCCUUUGCCACCCAUGCCGUUCAUGACCACCGCAUGACGCUGUGUGAAGACGAACGGCGUCUACUAGGGGACAACCACGCAUCUGCUAUCAUCCAGGGGAUCGGGAAAGACAAAGAGCCCCUCAUCAGCUUCCUGGAACCAAAAAAUAAAAGCACUCCUGUGCCACCUCCCUUACUUCCUAUGAACUCUAGCCAGAGCUUUUACGGCACAUUUAGCGGUGUCCAUCUGGAGCCUGCAAACAGCAGUGGGGGCAGCGAGACCCUCCUGAACAAAGACUCUGAUGCUAGCCUCCAGCAACAACAACAGCAGCAGCAGCAGCAGCAGCAGCAGCAAACCCCGCUAAGCUCGGUCUUGUCUCUUGGAAGACUGGGCACUCCCAAAGCAUCCACUCUUCCCUCAACCCCAGGCUCUGCCAAAGACUCCAAUGCCCUGUCUUUACAUGGGGGGAGAACAGAGGAGCCUACUGAGAAAGAGUUGGCUUACAAGGGAAGCAAUGGGGCCAGUGAGGGCCACGGCUGUACGACACACCUAUCUAGUCAGGUGGGGUGCUCGGAAGAAGAGGGGGGGGAAUCGUUAUUAGGGGGGAAGGAUGAGGUGGAGGCAGAUGGCACAGUAGUGACCAGCGGUGUUAAUAGUAGCAGUGGUGGAGGUGAAGCAGGGGAACCAGCUAUCUCAAACCAAAGCAUUUCCAAAUCUCCUUUAUUAAUGCCUAGUAGCACUCUCCAGCCUUCUGCCUGCACCCCUGCGGUCAGUUACACACGAAACAGCAAAUCCCCUGCUUCCACUUCCUCCUCUGUCAAGGAGGAGCUUUCAGCCACAGAAGGUGGGGGGAGAACCUCGGAGCUCCCUCUGAGCUUUAACUGCCAGGGAACGAAAGCUUCCACGGCAAUGGCGGCAGCCAACGUCAGAAAGAGUGAGGAGGACACUGCUGGCACUUCUUCCUCACCUCUGUCCUCCAGUGCUGCUGCUGACGAAAGUGCCAAUCGAGAUAGUGCCACAGCUCCAGAACCAAAUGAUUGCCCGGCUGAAGAAGAGGAGGAAACUGGAUCCCUUCUGCAGCAACACGAAAUGCACCUCCAUCAUCAUCACCUGCAUUCAUCAUCUCAUGGCCACAUGCACCCCCAACCCGGAGGUUCCUGUGACAUAACAGGGGUGAAUGACUGUUCGCAGAACCACGGGCCCGGCGGCAGUGUAGGAAGCGGGGUGGAAUGUCCCAAAUGUGACACCGUUCUCGGUUCCUCGCGCUCUUUGGGAGGUCACAUGACCAUGAUGCAUUCGCGGAACUCAUGCAAGACACUCAAGUGUCCCAAAUGCAAUUGGCAUUACAAAUACCAACAGACUUUGGAGGCUCACAUGAAGGAAAAGCACCCAGAUUCUGGAGGCUCCUGUUUAUACUGCAGCAGCGGUCAAAGUCAUCCUCGUCUGGCGCGUGGCGAAAGCUAUACGUGUGGAUACAAACCUUUCAGAUGUGAGGUGUGUAACUACUCGACCACCACUAAGGGGAACCUAAGCAUCCACAUGCAGUCGGAUAAACACCUAAACAACAUGCAGACGCUGCAGAACGGAGGCACUAUUGGAUCUGGACAGGAGCAGGUCUUUGGACAUGGCCCGGGAGGCGUGGUGGCCGUUCCUUCCGUGACCCAGGCCAGUAGUCAUCACCCCGCCCACCACCACUCGACACAGUCCUCCGCCCAUGGAACUGGACCGUGCGGGGCCCCCUCACCGACCAAGCCAAAGAGCAAACCGACUUGGCGCUGUGAGGUCUGCGACUACGAGACCAACGUGGCUCGGAACCUCCGUAUCCACAUGACCAGCGAGAAGCACAUGCACAACAUGAUGCUCCUCCAGCAGAACGUGACUCAGAUGCAACAUGGCCGCCUCGCCCUGGGAGCUAUGCCCUCGCCCUCCGAGGCGGAGCUCUACCAGUAUUACCUUACGCAGAAUAUGAGCCUACCGCCGGGCCUCAAGGUAGACCCAACAGGACCUGAGGCCCAGUUCCUAAUGGGGGGCUUUCCUUUAGAUCCCAGUAUGGCUGCCUUGACCCCUGCACUUGGAGGUGGGGAGAUCCCUAUGGAUAUGCGCCUGGGCAGUGGCCAGCUGGUGUCCGAAGAGUUGAUGACCCUGGGAGAAAGUCUGUCACAAACCAGCGACCCCUCGCUCAAACUAUUCCAGUGCGCCGUGUGCAACCGCUUCAGCACCGACAACCUGGACGUCCUGGGCAUGCACAUGGGCGCCGAGCGCAGCCUGCCUGAGGAGGAGUGGCGCGCGGUGGUGGGCGACUCUCACCAGUGCAAGUUGUGCCACUACACUACUCAACUCAAGGCCAAUUUCCAGCUCCACUGCAAGACGGACAAGCACGUACAAAAGUACCAGCUGGUGGCCCACAUCAAGGAGGGGGGCAAAGGCAACGAGUGGCGACUGAAAUGCGUGGCCAUCGGCAAUCCGGUGCACCUGAAGUGCAACGCUUGCGACUACUACACCAAUAGCUUGGAGAAGUUGCGGAUGCACACGGUCAAUUCUCGGCAUGAGGCCAGCCUCAAACUUUACAAGCAUCUGCAGCAGCACGAAAACGCGGUGGAGGGUGAUGCCUGCUACUACCACUGCGUGCUGUGCAACUACUCCACCAAGGCCAAGCUCAACCUGAUCCAGCAUGUGCGCUCCAUGAAGCACCAGCGCAGCGAGAGCCUCAGGAAGCUGCAGCGCCUGCAGAAGGGCCUGCCCGAGGACGACGAAGACCUCAGCUCCAUCUUCACCAUUCGCAAAUGUCCCUCCUCAGAUACAGGAGAGCUGAGUGAGGAUGUGGAGGCUGCUAGUGAGACCAUCACAGACCAGGAGGACCAAACCAAAGACAGAGAAAGUGGGGGGGAGAAGGAGCUCACCAAAGGGACAGCGUCCGGCCAGUCGGAGCAGCACCAGUCAGAUUCCCCGAUCCCUAGCAAAAGGCCCUCGUCGCGGUCGGAGACCUCCGAGAGCCCGCCGUACUCGAAGCGCCCCAGGGCAGCUGAAAAACAAGCUGCAGAGCAGAUGUACCAGUGCCCUUACUGCAAGUUCACCAACACGGACCUGAAUCGUCUCAGAAUGCACGUGAUGACGCAGCACUCUGUCCAGCCCAUGUUACGCUGUCCGCUGUGCCAGGACAUGCUCAACAACAAGAUCCACCUGCAGUUCCACCUCACGCACCUGCACAGUGUCGCGCCCGACUGUGUUGACAAGCUCAUCGCCACAAUAACAGCAACUGAUGUCCUACCAGCAAGCAUGUUCAUACCUGUUCCUGGUCCAGAAAAAGAGUCUCAGAACCCAUCUCAUGCUGUCGCCAAUGCUGAAGAUACAACAAAACAAGCUGAUGCUUUAAAUGCUGACCUGGAGAAGGCAGUUUCACUUCCGACAGAAAUAGCAGAAGCUCACAAGUCGCCUCAAGAAGAUCAACAGACGGAGAAGGAUGAUGCGUCUGGAUUUCUGUGCUGGAAGAAAGGCUGUAAUCAAGUGUUCAAGUCGUCAAACUCUCUCCAGGUGCACUUCAAUGAGGUUCACAACAAAAGGCCUCAGCUUCCUGUUUCGGAUCGCCAUGUCUACAAGUACCGUUGUAACCAGUGCAGCUUGGCUUUCAAGACUGUGGAGAAGCUACAGCUCCAUUCCCAGUAUCACGUGAUCCGAGCGGCCACCAUGUGCUGCCUCUGCCAGCGGAGCUUCAGGACACUUCAAGCCUUGAAGAAACAUUUGGAAACCAGCCACUUGGAGCUUAGUGAAGCUGAUAUCCAGCAGCUGUACGGGGGUUUAUUGAUGAAUGGUGACAUUAUGGUCAUGGGUGACCCAACCCUUGGUGAAGAACAUGGUGGUCUGGGAGAUGAUGACAAAGAGGGAGAUGACAGUGACCCAGAGGAAAAGCAAAGUCCAACAGGAAGUGACUCUGGCUCACUGCUGGAAGAUUCUGGUUCUGAACCGAAACGUGCUUUGCCGUUCAGAAAGGGUCCCAACUUUACCAUGGAGAAAUUCUUAGAUCCAUCUCGUCCGUUCAAGUGUACUGUCUGCAAAGAGUCGUUCACACAGAAGAAUAUUCUGCUGGUGCACUAUAACUCUGUCUCUCACCUUCACAAGGUGAAGAGAGCGCUUCAGGAGUCCACCACUGGUCAGCCAGAGCCUACGAGCAGUCCUGACAACAAGCCAUUCAAGUGUAGCACUUGUAAUGUGGCAUACAGCCAGAGUUCAACUUUGGAGAUCCACAUGCGCUCCGUUCUUCACCAAACAAAAGCCAGGGCGGCCAAACUUGAAGCUGCAGGAGGCAUAACUAGCUCUACAAGUUCUACUGGUGGUGGAGGUUCAAUCAUCAGCACUUCAACGGCCAGUCCAGGUCCAGCAAGCAAUUCAACAACCAACUCUACCAACCAUGGCUCCUCUGGGUCUCAAACAGUUCAGAGUGUUCUCGGUGGAAACCACACCUCCCAGAGUCAUAGCCAUGAAACUAGCAGCUCCCUCAGCAGCCAAUCCUCACCGUCAGAGAACAAUGAGGUCAAAAAGGCUAAAUACGCAGAUGUGCUAUCUACACGGGGACAACAACAGCUUCAGCAACAACAGCAAUUAGCUCAUGCCCAAGCCCAAGCUCAGCUUCAGCAGGAGCUCCAGCAGCAGGCUGCUCUUCUACAAUCCCAGCUCUUUAACCCAGCACUUCUGCAGCACUUCCCGAUGACAACUGAUGCACUUCUCCCCUUACAGCAGCAGCAGCUGCUGUUUCCUUUCUACAUUCCUGGAGCGGAAUUCCAACUAAACCCAGAGAUCAACAUCAGUAAUUCAGCACUUAGCCUAACAGGAGCAACCACCUCCUCGUUGCUAGAAGAUCUCAAGAACUCAGCCCAGCAGAGCUGUUUGCAGCAGCAACUGAUGCAUCACCACCUUCAGCAGCAACAGCAACAGCAGCAGCAGCAGCCUCACUCACAGGCUCAGUCUCAGAUGGCAUUGCUGCAACAGACUGCUUCUCUCCAACAGCAGGUUGAAAAAAAGCAGAAGCCUCCCAUGCAAAAUGACAAAGAUAUCCAACGAGACAAAGAUGCACCUGAAAAAAAUGAGGAUGUCAACAAAGAUUUAGUGGACAAACUCAAGGAAAGGAAGGACAUUCAACACAUUUCAAACAGUAUUAACCAUGACUCUGGGUUACUUCCGCCAAGGAUUGCGUCAGAUGCUCGUGGCAAUGCAACCAAGGCCCUGCUGGAAAAUUUUGGGUUCGAGUUAGUGAUUCAGUAUAAUGAAAAUAAGCAAAAAGCCCAGAAAAGGGGGACUGGGCUGACAGGAUCAAGUGGACCAGGUGGGAUCACAAGAGUGGUGGACCCCAUUGAGGGAUUGGAGAAACUGGAAUGUGAAGCCUGCGGCAAACUGUUUUCAAAUAUACUGAUUCUAAAGAGCCACCAGGAGCAUAUCCACCAGGCUUUCUUCCCAUUUCGAUCCCUCGAGAGAUUUGCCAAGGAAUACAGAGAGAAUUAUGAUAAACUGUAUCCGCUGAGACCCCCUACACCAGAGGCUCCUCCAGCUCCUCCACCUCCGCCUCCACCCCCUCCGCCCCAAAGAGCUCCUACACCAAAUAUUCCUGUGUCUGCAGCCUCACUCACGCCUCCAACUGCACCGACUCCACAGGCUCCAGUUCCAAUGCCACAAAUUCCCAUGCCAAUGGAUUUGCCAAUCUUCUCGCCACUUAUGAUGCAGCCCAUGUCUCUCCAGUCUUUGCCCAGCCAGCUGACCUCUCAGCUACCUUCUGUCGAACCCAGCCUGGCCUCAGACUUGGCCCAGCUCUACCAACAACAGCUCACCCCAGCCAUGCUACAGCAGCAACAGAACAAGAGGCCACGGACACGAAUCACAGAUGACCAGCUUCGGGUACUCCGGCAGUACUUUGAUAUAAACAAUUCACCUAAUGAAGAACAGAUUAAAGAGAUGGCAGAUAAAUCAGGACUACAGCAGAAAGUCAUAAAGCACUGGUUCAGAAAUACGCUUUUCAAAGAGAGACAACGCAACAAAGACUCCCCAUACAACUUCAAUAAUCCACCAACCACAACACUUGAAGAUACUAAAAUUGACUCAAAACCGCCUUCCCCUGAACCACAAAAGCAAGACUUCUAUGGAAGUAAGCGAUCUUCUAGAACUAGAUUUACGGACUACCAGCUAAGAAUACUCCAAGAUUUCUUCGAUGCGAAUGCUUAUCCAAAGGAUGAUGAGUUUGAACAGCUUUCCAACCUUCUGAGCCUCCCCACCCGUGUCAUUGUUGUAUGGUUUCAAAAUGCUCGCCAGAAGGCGAGGAAGAAUUAUGAAAAUCAAAGUGAUGGGGGAAAAGACGGGGAGAGGCGAGAACUCUCGAACGAUCGCUAUAUUCGCACCACAAAUUUGAACUACCAGUGCAAAAAAUGCAACCUGGUGUUCCAGAGAAUAUUUGAUCUCAUAAAACAUCAAAAGAAGUUGUGCUACAAAGACGAAGAUGAGGAUGGACAAUAUGACAGUCACAAUGAGGAUUCCCCUGAUCUUUCCAAUGAAUGUUAUACUCCCUCUGGUUCUUCCUGCCACACCCCAAUGCCCUCCUCUUCAAGUAUCUGUCCACUUCCACCUUCGACGUCAGCAUUCUCCCAUCUCUCUUCAGCUGAUAAGGAGGAGGGGUCACCAAUCACCAUUUCAAAUCUCCAUGAAGAAAAGUCAAAAGACCUGGCAGACCUUUCGGGAGAUCCCCCAAUUAAGACCUCUAUUAAGCAGGAAAACGUACCUCAACCCCAAUCAGAGUCACAAAAGCAUAGACAUCCAAGAGAAGAUAAUAUUCAAGCUAUUUCCAAGCCCAACAAACAUUCCUCUCCUUCCUUCUCUCAGCAGCAGCUGCAGUGUGGUCCGUCGGCUUCUCAGACAAGCCAGGCCCCCUCUCAAAGCUCUCACAUGAGCCACAAUCCGCACCUGAGUUCUGCGACACAACAAAUGGCGCAGCAGCUCAUCCCAUAUCAGUGUGAUCAGUGCAAGAUUGGCUUCCCCUCCUUCGAGCACUGGCAGGAGCACCAGCAAUUACACUUCCUCUCUGUGCAGAAUCAGUUCAUCCACCCGCAAUUCAUUGACCGCUCAAUGGACAUGCCUUUCAUGCUAUUUGACCCGAGCAAUCCUCUCCUGGCGAGUCAGUUACUCUCCGGGGCAAUGCCCCAGAUUCCCAGCAGCUCUGCCACUUCUCCGUCCACCCCCACAUCCACAAUGAACUCCCUGAAGAGGAAGUUAGAGGAGAAAGCUGGCACGAGCCCAGGAGAGAAUGACAGCACAAACAGUGAGGAGCCGCAUAGAGACAAGCGGCUUAGAACCACCAUCACACCUGAGCAACUGGAGAUACUUUAUCAGAAGUACCUACUGGAUUCUAAUCCGACACGCAAGAUGCUGGACCACAUUGCUCAUGAGGUGGGGCUGAAGAAGAGAGUGGUGCAAGUCUGGUUUCAAAAUACCAGAGCAAGAGAACGAAAAGGCCAGUUCCGAGCAGUGGGGCCUGCUCAAGCUCACCGGAGAUGUCCCUUCUGCAGAGCUCUUUUUAAAGCAAAAACUGCCCUCGAGGCGCACAUUCGCUCUCGUCAUUGGCACGAGGCCAAACGUGCCGGCUAUAAUUUAACCCUCUCUGGUAUGUUACCUGACCACGAGGGCAUUCAAAUUAAGUUGGACGCCUUGGAGACGUCGAGCUAUUCCCAAAUGGCGGCUUCAAACAUGGACGGACAAAGCUCCUCCAUGUCUCCCGUCAGUAGAGGAAUGGAUUCCUCUCCCAGGGCUCUACUGAGUCCUUCAUCAAUUAAAGUUGAAGGAAUGGAGGAUUUUGAGAACUCCACCAUGUCUGCUGUGAACCUCACCUUCGAUCAAAACAAACUGGACAAUGACGACUGUUCGUCUGUUAAUACAGCCAUCACAGAUACAACUACAGGUGAUGAGGCCAACGCUGAUAACGACAGUGCCGAUGCGAAACACAGCCAGAGUAGCAGUGACUACCUGACUAAGCCUGGGAGCACGAUCCCCAUCCUUGAAAAUGAUGACCAAAUGUCCUCCGGGCUCGUAAGCCCCGCCACAAGCUAUUAUGCUAAGGACUAUGAAAACGAACACAUAAUUGACCACAGUGAGACAUCCAGCCUGGCGGAUCCUUGCUCGCCGAGUCCUGGAGCUUCAGGCACCAGGAGCAUCGACAGCGGUGAUCGUCCUGGUCAAAAACGCUUCAGAACGCAGAUGACAAACCUCCAGCUUAAAGUAUUGAAAUCCUGUUUUAACGACUACAGGACUCCCACGAUGCUGGAAUGUGAGGUACUCGGCAACGAUAUCGGACUUCCAAAGAGAGUGGUUCAGGUGUGGUUUCAAAAUGCCCGGGCCAAGGAGAAAAAGGCAAAACUCAACAUGGCCAAGCACUUUGGUAUUAAUCAGACAUCAUACGAGGGGCCGAAGACUGAAUGCACUUUGUGCGGUGUCAAGUACAGCGCCCGGCUCUCCGUUCGCGAUCACAUAUUUUCCCAGCAGCACAUCUCCAAGGUGAAGGACACCAUCGGCAGCCAGAUCGACAAGGAAAAGGAAUACUUUGACCCGGCGACUGUCCGUCAGCUGAUGGCUCAGCAGGAGAUGGACCGCAUUAAGAAGGCCAACGAAGUUUUAGGAUUGGCGCAGCAGCAGGCCAUGCAGCAACAGGGAAUGUUUGACAACCCCGCCAUGCAGGCGCUGAACCUUCAGUCAGCCUAUUCCAACCUACAAGGCAUUCCGCCUGUCCUCUUGCCGGGGGUGGGGAGCCCCUCUCUUUCCAGCUUUAACUCGUCUAAUUCAGCUUUAACUCCUCCCAAAGCUUCAAACUUGCUGAACAUGCCCGGUGCCGGUGUUCCCUCGCCGAGCCUGCCCACGUCCGGAUUGGCCAACAAGCCUCCCUCAUCGUCGUCGCUGUCCGCUUCGUGCGCGGCGCAGACGAACACAUCUGCGUCGCACUCGAGCCCCACGUCGACGUCCAAAUCCACUUCCUCGAGCACCCCGUCCGUCUCCCGGCCCGAGCACCCCAAAGAGCGUGACGUUGAGCGGUUAAGAGAGAAGGAAAAGCCCAAGGAAAAGAGCGAGAAGCCCUCGACCCCGUCAUCGACUGGAAGCACCCCUGCCCCUUCCACUUCUGCUGCCAGCGCCAAGAAGGAAAAGCCAGACCCAGCUGUUCCAGCCACGUCCAUGCCUACGCCCGGUAUGGAGUACGUGGUAGACCCUGGCCAGCUUCAAGCCCUGCAGGCCGCCUUGGCUUCUGACCCUACAGCUCUUCUCACAAACCAGUUCCUGCCCUACUUCAUGCCUGGCUUUUCCCCGUACUACACCCCGCAGAUCCCCGGCGCUCUCCAAGGUGGUUACCUGCAACCAAUGUACGGUAUGGAGAGUCUGUUCCCCUACAACCCCGCAUUGUCGCAAGCACUGAUGGGCCUGUCUCCGGGGUCCCUGCUUCAGCAUUACCAGCAAUAUCAGCAGAGCUUGCAGGAAGCACUACAGCAGCAGCAGCGGCAGCUUCAGCAGAUCCAGCAACCCAAGGCGAGCCAAACCCAAGCUCCUCCUAAAUCCUCGGGGGACCGGAAAGAACCUGCCAAAGAUCCGGUGAAAACGGAGGAGCAAAAGGGCAACCACCACAGUGCAUCCCCCACCACACCUUCCACCUCCUCCACCCACAACAAAGCAUGCGCCGAGCAGAACGAGGUGGACGGCAAAGCGGUGGACCCCCAUUCGGACCAGUUCAUCGUGCCCAAGGUGCAGUACAAGCUGGCAUGCCGGAAGUGUCAAACAGUUUUCACCAAGGAAGAAGCGGCGAUGACGCACCUCAAGUCUAACUGUUUUUUUGGUCAGUCUGUGGCGAACCUGCAAGAGAUGUUGCUGCGCGUCCCCAGCGGCGUAGGCGCAGGGGCUGGAAGUCUCUACGACUGCCUGGCUUGCGACACUACGUUGGAUGGUGAAAAAGCGCUCAGUCAACAUCUGGAUUCAGCUUUGCACAAACACAGAACAAUCAAGCGAACAGCCAGCAAUGCCAAAGAGCACGCUACUAGUUUAUUACCUCACUCUUCAGCCUGCUUCCCCAAUCCUAACACCACAUCUACCUCGCAGCCUGCCACUCAUCCCAUCAGCAGCCCCACCCCGCCGCCAACGACAUCAGCCGCCACGCCGUCGCCCGCCGCGCCCGCCGCCCUCUGCUCCUCCUCCGGCGCCCAGCUCCACGCCGCAGCCGCCGGCAAACCCUGGCCCCAGACCCCUUUCUCCAGAGCUUUAGUCGGGAAGCCCAACGCCAGUCCCUCCUACGCUUCCUCCCUGUUCCCUCCCGUGUCCUCACCCUCAACGGUUACCUCAAGUUCAUUGAGCACCUCAGGAGUUCAGACCUCGAUACCAACAGACGUCUUUACCGACGAGUCCGACUCUGACAGCAGUCACAAGUCGGCAGACAGACUGGGCAGGACGGCGGACGAGCCGCAGCAACCUGGGUUUGUCAAAGACAGUAGUGCGUGUAGUAGUAAUCUCGCUAGCGUAGGAACAGACUCCAUCAGAUUGUAAAACAGCUUUCGGUGAUGGACAACGAUUAAAAAAAAAAAAAAAAAAAAAUACAAAAAUGAACAAAAAAAACCCCAACAAAUGGAAAAAAAAAAACAGAAAAAAGCAGCAAUGUUAAAUACGUUAAAGGUAUACAAACCAAUUUCAGAAAAAGAUGUAAAGACUUACUGCAAUUCCAAAGCUUGUAACCAAAAACUUUAAAUGUUAAUGGAUUGUUUUCCCAUAUCAACAUGCUGGUUUCCAUUUUGUUUUGUUUUGCUCAACUGAAACACGCGCACACUGAUCAUAUGUGAGGAGAGGAAAAAAGAUUGAUGCGGAGGAAAAAGCUGACAAACGGCCCAAGAUGUACCCCCUUUGAAAAAUUCCCAAUCGAGCCUUUUUGUUUGAGUAAUAAUUUAUAUUUAAUAGCACACUCGCAAAAAAAGCCAGUAUGUACUGUAUGGGAGAAUAGUCCGGUCCAUGUUCCUGCUAUUGAAGCAUUCAGAUACCAAUGGCUUGCAAAAGUGGGAAAAAAAAAAAAAAAUAAUAAUAAUAAUGUAUUGUCUAUUUUAUUCUCAGGUCAAUGGCUCACAAAUGUUUUGUUCUGUGACACAAGUCCGUUCGUUCCACAUUUGCUUUCUUCACACCUUGAGUUAUUCGGCGCAACGUUUUAAUUGGCGUGAAAAAUUCAUAACGGCAUUUUUACGGGCAUUAAGACGGCAGUUCAUUGGCUAGACGGAGGAGGCGACGAGAGCGUUGCAGACAUGAAGAAUUGAACUUUCAAGAGGAGGAGGAGACAAACAUUAAAAAAAAAACCACCCCCACACUGUAUUUAUAAUAGUUCCGAAUAUUUUUUGGUGUUAUGUAGAUCAUUGGAUUGGAAAUGAGAUUAAGCAGUAUGGUAGCCUGAAGAAGAAGAAGAGAAAAAACAACAACUUUUGUGUACAUUGAGCUUUUUGUAUUGUCCACCUUUUAAGACGCUUCAUUCGAUGUUGUCUCGAUCAUUCCGAUAGAUUAGAUGAUGGGCAGGUAAUUUAUCCAAAUGAUAUUUCUUAUUCUCCAACUACUCGGGAGGCAUCCGAGCAGAUUUCCCCCUCCUGGAACCGCUUUAAGCAUUAUUUAAAAACCUAAGGGUCAGUUGGUACCGCAUCAACUGGAUGAAAACAUAUUGUGGGUAAAAUAUUGAAAUUUUAAUUUUUAUUUAAUUUUUUUUUGGUUUGUUACCUUCGUGCACUUAUUACUGUCUGACUCCCAUGACCCACUCUUACGUGUCGUUAUCUUCGCACUUAUUUCCCUCGGCUUGUCCUCUGUCGUCCAUGUAGUGUGGCUACACUUUUUAUUUCAUUUUAUUUCUUUUGUCAUUCAUGAAAAUGAAAAAAAAAUAAGAAUACUCAUAAUAAUUCUCACGCUUUAAGACAAAAAGAAAAUCCAAAGACUGAACACUUUUCACCGUCGGUGCAUAAAGAUGAGAAAAGAGGCUUCUUUAUACUUGAUCAUUUGUUGCUGUUUUUAAAGGAAAGAAAAGAAAGUUUUAAAAAGAUGAAAGGAGUUGGCAUCGGAGUUGCCCAUUUUUUUUUUUUUUUUUUGCUUCCCGGCAAGCAAACGGGCGGCUUUUUGACGUAAAUACCAAAAAAAAAAAACAAAAAAGGGCCCUCGUCCUUGCAUUGUGGAGUAGCACCGUUACAGAGUCAUUGCAGUUUGUAAAAUAGAGUUAUCGAUCUUUCUUUGACCUUUGACACAUUCAAAUGUCCAUUUUUUUUUCUUUUUUUAAAGAUCAUGUAAUAGGUCUGGUCUUCAAGGACAUACGUUUUGCUGCUAAUGUAGAAUUUUGAAAGGAAAAAAAAAAGUACCUAGAUGCAUGCUCAUUUUUGCUUUUUUGGCAAAGCUUUAACAAAAACAAACAAUAAACCGAUUUCUUGCCUCUGCAACACAUUUUUUUGGGGGGGGUUUCUUGUUGCAAAAACGGAACUUUGAAGACUGUGAAUAUGUAUGUUCCAAAGGACAUUUUGAUGAUUUUUCUUUUCAUUUUUGGACAGACCAAUGUUUUGAAGCCAAUGAUCUAUGACAUUUGUGAAGAACAGUGCAUUCCAAAUAUCGCAACGUUUUUUUUCUUCCUUCUUAAGAAGCAAGGACUGAUCUUUUCUCAUUUGAAUUCUUUUAACUGUCAUCAUCUCUUUUCGCUCCGAUUUUUCCCCACCCUCGUGUACAUUUUUUCCUGAACAAAGUGAUCUCCAGAGGUCCGUUUGUUGCAGGCGUGGAACGCUCCAUCCAGGCGAGGUUGUUGCGCACUUGUUAAGCAAGUAAUGGUGGUUACCAAAAAAAAAAAAAAGUGUAUAUAAUGCGUACAUCCGGUACUGAUGUGUCUCCUGGGUUUUAAUCACGGUUUUUGCCAGUCAACGUGAAACUAGUUUCAGAGGCGAACGAUAGCUUUUUAACUAAGGUGCGACACCCCCCCGACCCCCUUGCCCCCCCCCCCCUUCUCCCCAUGCAGGGAAAUCCAGCAAUGAGUAAGCAGGGUGCCACUUUUACGCAUAGAUUACAGGUCUUGAGGGGCAUCUUCAUUCCAAAGCAUUUUUUUUUUCUGCUCGCUAGGAGGUUUUUUUUGUUGUUGUUGUUGUUGUUGUUGUUUUUGGAGAUGUCCCUUGGUUCAAACAGCAAGGAGGCGUUCGUGUCCCAAAGAAGUCACCCCCGCUUCGUUGUAUCGCAAUGGAAACUUAUGUGCAUAGGUACCCUCACCCUUUCACGGAUAACCAACAAAAAAAAAUGUAUAUUUUUGCAACCAAAACCAAGACUUAUUUAAAUUUGUGAAGAAACUUCUUUUUGACCAGUAUUGUACAGCCAAUUUAUAUAGAUAUAUGUCUACGCCCCAAUAAUCUCGAAUGCCUUUUGGUUUUGAUACCACAGCAUGUUGUUCAUCUGCAAGCGCGCUACUUCUCAAAAAGUUCAGUCUCCCUGAAAUUGGGUACUUUAUUUUCUGUUUAGGAAUCUAUGCCCUUUAAAUAUAUUUUAAUUUCCCUAUAAUUUCAAGCAUAUAUUUUAAUUUUCUAUAUUUUUACGCUAUUGUUGUUUCUGUAUAUUAUUUUUUAAAAUCAUAAAUUAACACUAACUUUGAUUUAUUUUUUUUUUAAUUAGGAAACAAAUACAAAAAUAUGUCCUGGUCACUUUAUUGUGUGUGUUCUUUUUUUUUUUUUUUUUUAAUAUAUUUGUUUUGUUAGUUCCAAUUUAUCUUAUUUCCAAAGUUCAAGUGUAAUCAUUUUGGCUCUCUUGUAAAAGACAAAUCCCUACACCAGAUGCACCAUUAGUAUGCGUAUUUGUGUGUGUGUGCGCGUGGAGCCAAUUAACCCCCCCCCCCCUAGUUUCUUUUGUGUUACACAUCAAAACAAAGUGAACCGCAAUUUGGAGUAAUUGAUCAAAUGAAAUGAUCAAAGCGACUGUGAUCGCUUUCACUGAUCGUAUGAAUGCGGCCGAAGCUUCGUGCAGUUCCAAAAAGGAACAUUUUUCCACAUUCCCCCUUAAAAAAAAGAAAUAAUAAUAAUAAAUAAUAAUUGAAAAAAAAAAUUAAGUGUAUAUUUUAUCAAAGUGUUACCGUGGAUUAUCUGUUCCCACAAAAUCCACAUUUGGAUACUUGGUGGAAAUUCUAAAAGUGACGAGGUUACGCUAUCGAGGUCAUCUUUCGCCCCACUGUGAAAAGGAGUGUGUACCUGUAUACAGAUAUAGAUAUAUUUAAAACAAAAAAAAACAUCACUUCUUGUUUGUUUCUGAGAUGAAGAAGGACUGAAAAAUCCCCAAAAAAAAUCAGACUCUGGGAAGCUUUUUGGAGUUCUUGUCGGGAGGACACGAGAAGCUGCGGGCACACCAAAACCGGGCACGGGGAGCUGAGGGCAGGCUCCGAAACAGCUUUAAAUUUUCAUUUUUUUAUUUUUGUUUUGAAACACCUCCUUAUCUGAUUAUUGACAAUGAGAAUGGACUCUGGAGCUGACGGAUGUGUGACAGACCGAGAGAGAGAGAGAGAGAGAGAGAGAGAACUGAAUCUUGACUCCAGCUGCUCUUUCCUCCUUUCUUUCUCCCCCAUCUGCCUCGUUUCUGCCCCUCCGAUGGACGUUGCCCGAAUUUCAGGACAUGACGGACAGAGACGCCGGCCUCUUUCCCCCCCUCCUUCGCGUUGCUACCUGCACCCCCCCCCCCUCCUCCAUCUCACCCACCCCCUGUUUGUCUUCGCCAAGACAAGCAAAGCUCGCAAAGUCGCGGCAGCUCGCCCCUCUCUCUGUUGGUUAUGUCAAAAAAAAAGAAAGAAAUUAACACCAGAGGGAAGGGUGGGGUUCUCCAUACUGUCUUUUUUUUUUAAAAAAAAAAGAGGCAGUUGUACACUUAAAGAAAAGCGUAUUAACCAAAAUCAACUAACAACCAAACAACCAAUAGCUCCAACUUCAAAGAUGAACUGUUACUUGGGGCGAUCUGUUCCUUUUGUGACUUCUGGUGCCACAACUUUUGUUUUUGUUUUUGUUUUGUUUUUUUAAAAAAUUUUCAAUAUCUUUUUCCCCUCCCCGUUUCCUUAAAUGACUCCUCGCUCGAGCCUCGUAAGCAUGGCUCUGAGGGCUCCGAGCGGCCCAGCCGAGGGUAGAAAGAAGAGAAAAAAAAAAACAGCCUUGCAAUGUACAAAAAAGAGCAAGUUAAACCAAAAAUGUUGUUCUUGAUGUCUUUUCUAUACUGUAGUCUUGUUAGCUUUUUUGUUACUGUAAUUAUAUGAUGAAGAUUUCCAGACUGUACCAAAUGACAUGGAAACUGACAUACAUACAAAACCACAUGGAACUUCUGACUUUUAAAGAAACUUUUGUCACAAAAAAACCUUGUUGUCCUAGUUAAGUUGAUUGUAGAUGUUAAUUGAAUAUACUCCUUUGAAAAUAUUUCAUCAAGUAUGUUUCUUGCUCAUUGUGAUACAUUAAAAUAAG